AUGGCGACAGCUAAUAGUCGUGAGCAGAGUAUCGACAAUGACGAUCUUGUUUGUCCUAUUACUCUGGAAUUAUUUCGUGAUCCGGUAAUUGCAAGUGAUGGACGUGUUUAUGAACGAGCAGCGAUCACACAAUGGAUUAAUGAUCAUGGUACUAGUCCAUUUACUAGACAACCAUUACAAUUGAAUGAAUUGCUACCAGAUGAUCAUUUGAGGCAAUUGGCAGCGCGUCGUCGAAAUUCAACCGUUUCAUACAAUGUACAACAUAGCACAGUGACAUUACCACCAUUACAAACUGGUUCAAGAAAUACUAGACGUGUACAUCCUCAACCACCUACCAAUGCACCAGCCAUUGAACCUGCUAAUGGCACAUGUUCUAAAUCUGCCAUUUGUUUUUGCAGUUGCUGCUUAUUGUGUUGUUUCGGAGUUAUUCUUGCAAUUAUUUUAUCAAUAGCUUUGGCAAAUAACAAAUCUGGAAGUGACUACUCGUAUGUAGGUUCUCCUAGAGCAACUUUUUCCGGCGUGUUAACUACAAUGAGUCCAAACUAUACGAGACCAGGCUUUUGGCUUUCACCUAAGUGCUAUAAUUGCCACUAUUAUGUUGUACGCAAAUUAUUUAUCAACACCACUGGUUACUAUACAAUUCAAAGUCGUAGCCUUAUAGAUCUCUAUGGAUACCUAUAUAACGGACAAUUCAACAGAACUAGUCCACUGAUGAAUUUACGUAAGGGAGACGAUAAUACUGCUGGUUCACAACAGUUCUAUAUAGGAGAUUAUCUUUUCUCCUUGGUAUACGUGCUCGUAGUGACUACCUUCGAACCGAAUGUGACAGGAUCAUUUUCUGUUUCGAUAACUGGUCCAGCAACAGUAACUAUUCAGUAG